UCGGCGGCCCACCUUGAGUGGGCAGGUUCAGUCAUCAGUGGCUGCGGUUAGGUCCCGUCUCGGGUGUAUUUGCGCCUUGUGCCGGUUUACUCGUCAGUUCAAUAAGCGCGUUCACGGCGUACAGUAGAAGUUAAAGCCAGCGAAUAUGACUAGAUUGAAGUCGGCGUGGUUGUACGCGAGUUAUACUAUACUUUUAAUAAUCGGUUCGGAUGCUGCACUGUCUGGACUUUAUAUCGAUAAUGGUGUAGAUCAAACUAUUAUACAUCAUUCCAUGACGCGACAUGAACGGCAAGCCGUUGAACACGAAAUCUUAGAGCUUUUGGGUCUAGGUGAGAGACCUCGACGCUCACAAGCCCCUCCUUUAGAUCGCUCGGCACCGAGCUUCCUACUUGAUGUAUAUAAGCAACUAGCAGAGGAACAUGAGCAGGCUAGGCCAACACGCAGCUCUGAGAUGGCUCUCAGUGGUGAGGAACAACAUGCCAUCGAUGAAAGUGAUCUUAUUAUGACAUUCCAGAGUAAAAAACAUCACCUGGGUGCAUUACGCCACGGACACGGAAGACACGUCUGGUUUGAUGUAGCGAGUGCUCCGGGAGACGCCUCAUCUCUCCUCACAGCAGAGUUACGCUUGCACCAGGCACCUGUGCAUUCAGAAGACCCGACUGCAUUGUACACUGUGGUCGCGCAUCGUGUUAUAAGUGUAGAUAAUCUAGGAGGCAUUGAAAUGGAACGUAUUGCAGCAGUGAACACUAGUAUAGGAGCUGAAGGCUGGUUAGAGCUAAAUGUAACGGGAGCGUUGGCAACAUGGCUUGGUGCACCAGCUGACAACCGCGGUUUCUUUAUAACCUUACAUCCGCAUUCGCAACCAGAACGUCAUGUGAAACCAGAAGAAAUAGGAUUGGAUGAGACCCACGGUGCAAACGCUGAGGGAAAGCAACCUUUUAUGGUAGCAUUUUUCAAGCAUGGACCCAAGCUUGGUAGCUCUGAUACUGGUGCUCGACGAAAACGCGAGGCAAGACGUUGGCGUAAUAAUGGAUAUUCUGAAAACUAUUUAAGGAACCCUUUAACAGAUACGUCGCAUUGGACGACCAGAAGCUGCGAAAUACAAACACUUUACGUUAGCUUUAAGGACUUAGAAUGGCAGGAUUGGAUCAUCGCGCCGGAUGGUUAUGGAGCUUUUUAUUGCAGCGGCGAGUGCAAUUUUCCACUGAACGCACAUAAAAAUGCAACGAAUCAUGCAAUAGUACAAACGUUGGUUCAUCUUUUAAAUCCCACACAGGUUCCGAAGCCAUCGUGUGCCCCAAUCAAGCUUUCCCCCAUUUCAGUCCUUUACUACACGGAUGAUUCAAAUGUGAUAUUGCGCAAAUACAAAAAUAUGGUAGUAAAGAGUUGUGGGUGCCAUUAAUUAAAUAAAACGUCGUGAUUUUAUAUAUUGACAGCCAAAACUAGUCGUGAUGUUUUAAUAAGCUGAAUUAGGUAGCUAAAUAUAGAUUAUCAGGUUUUAAUUAAACAGGUAUUUUUUAAUUAUAAUUUUAAUGUCACAAAAUUUUAAUAAAGUGAAACAGCUUUUAAAUUUGAUAUAGUAACAGUUACAAUAAUAAAUCAGCGAUUUAAAUGUUAUCAUUACAUUUUAGUAUUUAAUGUUUUAAGAUAAAAAAUAACUAUAAAAUUGUUUUUCUGAAUACAUACUCAACGAUAUCAUUGCUCCGUCCGCUUAUUUGAUAGAGUAUUUAAUGUUUCAAAUAUGAAAUACCAAUAAGCUAAUCGUUGUCUGUCUGACGCUGUAUGCGUUUACACCAGUGGUCCUCAAUCUUUUUGUUAUGAGGAAUGCUAAUCUAAUUCUUAGAAGUAUAUUAUGUUGUGCAGAACACUUUAAAUGUAUUUUGUAUUUGAAAUUCAAACAGGACAAACCUUUGUAAGUUCUAGAAUCAAAAAAAGAUAAAAAAUGAGUCUGAUAUGGAAUUAUAAAAACAAAACUAAAAUCGUAUCGCACGCUCUAGAUAUGGCCACGCAUCCCCGAAUAUGUAUAUAAGAAAUUUUAACAUAUUCGUGUCACUAAAAGGCCCAUGAUAAAUUCAAAUAUGUCCUUCCCUGUUUUGUACUUAAUUCUCUCGCGGCACACUUGUUACAUAGUGUUUUUUGCAGAGUAUCGUUGUUUUGCGAACUAUGGAUUGAGGACCACUAACUGCAAUAUAAAAAUUUGACCUUUAUGUUGGCCGUGAACACUUGUUAAGGCAAGUUCACAUUAAUAUGCAUUUUCAGGCAAGUAUCAUAAUUAUGAAUUAUCCUAGAACUAUCAUUUACUUUUUAUAAUUACCAUAAUUAUAUAUUGUAUUUAAAAUUUUAAAUAUAAAGUAGAAAUAAAUAUGAUUUUAAUUCCAUGAAUGUUUUAUGUGUAACAAUAAUGCUGUUACAUUUACAAAACAUGCUAUGAUAUAUGUUGUUAAAAAUGUAUUUAUUUGCAUUCACAAAAAUCAAUACGUAGGUCUAGAUAAUGACUGAUGAUGUAUGAUGCUUUAAUAUUUGUAUAAAAACUCAAUAAUCAAUAUUAUUAUGUGAAAAUCUAUAUAAAUAACCAUUAUU